AUGGCAGCGGCCAGCGACAGCGCUGGGGCCGGCAAUGCCGGUGCCGACGCCACCGAUUUGCGGUGCAAUGGCGAUGUACGGCAGCUUACGUGGCUACAGCGCAUGACUCUGCUCCUGCGUACGGCGUCCAGUGGCAGCAUCCCCAACAUGCAGGUCCUGCUGUCCCAGAAGGCGCGCUUCCCUGCCCACUCCGCCACGCUCACCUUCGCAGCGGACGCGAGCCAUUUGGAGAUGUGCAUGUGGCUGCGGCAGCAGGGGUUGCCCUGGCCGCACAACAUUGCCUGCGCGGCCGCACAGCGAGGCGACUUGCGGCUGGUGCAGUGGGUGGUAGGCAGCGGCGGAAGCUGGGGACUGGGCACAUUGUGCGGAGCGGCGGAAGCAGGGCACCUGGACCUGUACCGCUGGCUGCUAGAGAAACUCCGCAAGCGGCGCGGGCCCAAGCCCAAGAUCAUCAUGGGCGUUUUGGAGGCGGUUGCGGAGGGGUGCGACCUGGCCACCUUGCAGGUGAUGUGGUUGGAGGCGCAGGGCCACAAUCGCAGCAAUAAGGCAGCGGAGCGGGUGGUGGAGAGAUAUCCCAUGACAGUUAAGGCUGUUCAGGCGGCGGCACGCGUCGGUAACCUGACUGCGUUACGGUACCUGCUCGGCCCCGGCGGCGGUGUACGACUGGACGUGCAUGUACGGGAGGGCGAGCUCGUGGACCUGGCGUGUGCGGCGGCGCUGGGCGGCAGCUUGGUUGCCCUUGAGCUGCUGCAGUCCCACGGCGUCCCCGUCACGAAAACCCGGGUGCUGAAGAUGGCUGUGCUGGGGGUUAAGCUGCCGGUCAUUAAGUGGCUGGUGGACAAAAUCAAAGCGUUGGGGGCCCCAGCCGCCGCAGCCGCCGCCGCUCACGACGGCGGCCCAGCGGCAGCGGCCGCCGCGGCGGCUGCAGGCCCGGCGCCGGACCUUCCAACCCAGACCGGCGACGUCCCUGUCACCACCGCGGACGCAGUACGACAGCAGCGGCCGCAGCUAUGUCCGGCACUGGCGGCAGCGUUCGUCAGCGGUGGCGUGGUGUUUCCGGAGCUGGCCAAGGAACUUGCCGUACUGGCCGUCAUGGGCUGCUGCCCGCUGAACCUGCCGCGGCUACCGCCACUGGCGGGAAAUCCGCUGCAACAGCCGCAGAGACCGCGGCAGUUGCCGCCAGCAGUUAAUGACCCAUGGGUCCCCCGGCUGGAGCUGCUGACGUGGCUGUACGAGCAGGGACUCUUGGAGCUGCACGCGGGGGUUUUCAAGCUAGCGGCGCAAUACGGCGAUUUGCGGGUGAUGACGUGGCUGUACGAGCGAUCAUGCCCAUGGGACGCCCGCACCUUUGCGGCGGCUGCGUACGCGGGCGGGGAGGUACAGCUGGAAUGGCUGGCACGACACGGAUGUCCCAUGGGGGAGGAUGGUGAGCCGUACAUCCGGGCAGCGGCCAUGACCGACCUCGCCACCUUGCGCCACCUGCGCCGCCUGGGGUGCCCCUGGAGUCCUUGCGGCCGUACAUUCACACAGGCUGCUCUGGCCAGCGGCCCCGGCAACGCGCACAUGUGUGUCGCGUCGCUUCAAGUGCUACUGGCGGUGGGUUGCCCCGUAGACUGGGCGGCUCUGCGGGCGGCGGUUCAGGACAAGGCCGGCGUCAGCAAGCAGCGGCGGCGGGUGCUUCAGGAGCUGCUGGCGCAGGAGCAGCGGCGGCGGUGGCGAGGGGGCUUGUGGCCGUGGCGGCAGCGGCGGCAGGGGGGGGAGGGGGGACAGAAUGGAGGAAGUGGAGCAGAUGAGGGUGGCAAUGUGGAUGGGGGUGCGGAUGGCGCCGCUGAAUGGGGAGGAAGAGGAGGCUGUGGGGAGGACGUUGUGGUGGGGGCGGCUGUGAUGGCGGGGCUGCGAGCCGCUGCUGCGCAAUUUUAG